AAACAAUACUGCUGGAUAAAGACUUACAACUCCAAUAAUAAGGUAACAAACUAAAAAUGAUGUUAAAAUAUUUCUAUCUAUUUACAUCUGUGCUUUUAUGGAAAGUAAAUGGAGAUAUUUACAUGCAAAAUCCUCGUGGUUCAAACAAUAGGCUAAAUGAGAAUACAGCUACUCGAACAAAUGCAAAAAGAGUGUUUAAUUCCCAGAAUAAUGAUCGUGGUGGUUACAAUGUAGGAGAUCGAACUGAUGCAGCUGCAAAUAAUAAGGAUGGCCAAUAUCAAAUGACAUACUUUGAAAGCUCUCCAAAUGCGCAAAUGGGGGAUAAAAAACAAGGUGCAACAAAGUUAUUAAUUGAAUGGACUGCUCAACAUGGUUGUGGGGGUAAUGAAGAUGACAACCCAAAUGAGUUGAAUUGUAACAUUGUUUUGCAAUAUUUGUGUCGACCGGCAGGAUUUUCAAUUACUGAUCCUAAUCUGGACAUGAUAAGAGAUGGGACAACAACAAACACUCAAGAUUAUCAAGAUCCAGGAAAUACAGAAACUUAUAAUGAUUACCUUAAUCGAAAAAAAGGAAAAGUUAGCACUGAUAGGGCAUUACAAGAACCAUUUGAAUUUUAUGACAAAUGUGCUGUAAGAGACAGAAACAAAGGGCUAUUUACUGCUGAUCAAAAUUUGAAUUGUGAUAAUGCUAGAUGCACACGACAAAGUCCUAAUGGAAAUAAUAAUCAAUAUGGAUAUGAAUGUCCUGAAGAAAGAGAUUAUUAUCCAUACUGGCAUCCUACAGACUGGAAAGAUAUUGCUGUUCUUGCUCAAAACUCUUCAAUGUGCAGUUAUUAUACUUCGGAAAGCUUCAAUGUCAAAUCAAAAUAUGAAUGCGUGGAAAUGUUUGAUGGAACAAAUGUCAAACAUUAUUCCAAAUUCAAUAACCAGAAGGAUUGUGAGGCAGCAGGUAAAGAAUGGUUAGAGUUUAAUAAUUAUUUAGAAAUUGACACAGCAUCUAGUGAAAGUGAUUGUACUGCUAAAAACACUAAUCAACUAAGGAGUUCAGGCAUUACUUACUUUUGGGGUCGCCCAAUGUACUUUGGUAAAGAUAAAAAGUGUUUGAUUGCAUUAAAGCAACCAGAUUGCAAGGAAGCUCAAUUUUCUCGUGCCAACCAUCUUGGCAAUGGAGCAGACCUUAACAUGGUAAACUACACAUGGACUUUACCAUACUUUCCAAGCAACACUCCACAACAGUGUGUUCUGCGAAUAAGGUACAAUAUUUCAACUGAUGAUUAUGACCCAUAUAAUACCAAUAGUGCAAGCAACAAUAAUCCUAACGUUUUAAAACAAAAUCCACUGGUAGAUGUUGGUAUACAAAAUCAACCACUGCAACUUGCAAUUAACACAGCCCAAUAUGGAAGAACAUUUGAAGAUAGGACACAUAUGUUUAAUUUAAUAAAUAGACCUUCAAGUGUAGCCAAUACAGUGAACAUAUGGAACCUGAAUGUUCGUGGUAAGCGUGGAAACAUUGUGCAAACAUACCCAGCUGUUGAAUAUGACUUUGUACCUACUGAUUUGUAUGUAAAAACAACUGAUUUCAUACAUGCACAAUGGACAGGUUCAAACACACAUAAUAAUAAUGGAGGUGGUGAUGGCCAAGGUGGUGAUGCAGGCGAAGGGACCACAGGCACUGAUCGCAACAACAUGUUAUCCAUUGGCGACCGCUUGACAAACUAUCCUUUGCCUUUUGAAAAUGCGACAAACUUUUGCAACAAUCUUAGAAUGAUCUGGACAUACUUAUAUCCAACAACAGAUUCGCUAAAAAAUUUUAAUUCUAUGGAUUAUUCUGUAAUGUUUGCUACGUCAGGUAAAUUUAUGUGUGUCCAGACAUCAACAUGUUCUCAGUCUUUGGAAGCUGGACCAAACAUGGAUAAUCUACUUAAUAAUGCUCCGGCUUCUUUUCAAGGAGCAUUGUUUCAGAUGACUAAAACUGGAAUAUAUAACUAUAUGUGUUCAAGAAACAAUAAUUUCUCUAACAGAUCUCAAAAAGGAACCAUAAUAGUAUCCUAAGUUUAAAAAAAGAUUUUAAUAAAUGUUACAUUUAUUACUGUCUGAACAUGUUAGUAUGUACACUGCAUUGCCUUUAAUUAAUUUAAUGAAUUUUUUUUACAAGAAUAUUUUUUUAUAUUUGUUUGUAUAUUUUUUACGAACUUUUAUUUUGAUUAGAAAAAUUUAUAAGUGAAAUAUUUUUAUAACACAUUUGUUUUUUGAGUUUAUAUAAAUAUAUAUUUUUUUGAUUUGA